CAUCAUUGGAUUUACUGGAUAAUUCUUCGAUUGCACCUUCAUAAUACAUGUUAAUGCAAGCGGACUAUCUAGACUUCUUUUUUUUCAUCUUCGUUAGCCGAGAUUAUUCGUGCACGAAGGCACAGCUGACUCAAAACCCAUUGCUAGCGGAUAUUAGAUGAAUUUUACCCCCGUAUUAUGUUAUAACUGACCAAAACCUAGUACGUUUGUUUUACAAUUUUCAUUCAGAAGACGCGCAAGUUAUUGAGUUACUGAAUAAACGAGAAAACGUCUGCAUUUUUAUUUCAAUCGUUGUCAACUCUUUACUUUGUGAUAUUUCAAGACUACAUGUAUUCAAUUCAAUUUAUUGGAUCUCAUCACCAUUAUGCAAUGGUAUACAAAAAUAUAAAGACAAAAAGCUGUUAUAUAUACAUUUAGUAAAUAAUACAUGCGUGUAAUAAAGUAUUUAUCAAGUUAGAAAAAACCCUUAAAAAACCGUGUUAUUAUUAAUGUGAAGUAUGGGCAUUCUAAUGAAAUUUUCUUAAUGAAAGUACGGAGUUUUCUAAAGGUUUGUUUAAAAGUAAAGAUAGUUUUAAUAUUUAUUUGUUUAAGUGAUAAAAAUUUGAUUCUUUGCUCACAUUGCUUCACAGUUGAGUACAUAAUGAAAUUCAUAUCCAAUGUAAACAUGUACAUGUAUAUAGCUGACCUUAAUCACAUAUUCCUAAUUACAAUGAAAACUUUACGUAAAAAUAAACUAUUGCUUAUGGUACACAUUUCUUUGAACUGCUGUUUAUCAAAUUGAAAUUACUGGCAUGUGAUUGUCGUUGUUCAUGACCCUUCUUUUAUUUGGUGAAAUUGUGCUGUACGUGCCGUGAAACAAUGUACCGACGAGUGGUAGGAAUAACACAGGUGUUUAUAUACAGGAUGUCGAGAAUUUGGGUGUUUCAUAAAAAGGUGUGAACGUCUGCAGGGAAGUCUACAUACGGAUAUGAACCGAAAACACCAACGUAUCAUUAAACAACAAUUACUGUACAAGAAUUGAAUGAUUUAUAGCUAAUUUCUAAAUAAGUAAUGGGGUGAGGGCAUGUAUGCUGGCCAAACGAAGAGGUUUUUUGGGUGAAUCAUUUCGGAAAUUAUUUCUUUGUUUUAUCACACGGAGGUACACGGUGGCAUCGACGGAGGUACAGGUGACAUCCACGGAGAUGCACGGUGGCAUCCACGGAGAUCCUCCGUGGACUUCAAUGUCUAGCUCGCGCGGAAAAAUAGGACUUCAAAGGUGCCGACAAUUUUAACGGUCCACCGUGUUUGGGGCAAAUUUGUUCCACCGCGUUGCGUGGAACACGCAUAAAACUCGUGUCGUGUACUGUAUGCAUGUGAUACUCUAAAGUGUAAUGGUCGCUCCAAAGUGCAAUGGUUUGUUAACGUUACGGACGCCAAGAUGCGAUAGUCACGCCAAAGUGUAAUGAUCUGCACCAAAAUACGAUAGUCACGCCAAAGUGCGGCGGCUCCUCUCCUAAAGGCACGCUACACCAAAGUGUGAUGUUGAGGAUUGUGAGAACAGCAAAGUAUAUUUGUUGUCGAAAUAUCUACUUAGCCCAAACGUGCUUUAAUUCAUGAUCAUCUAUUAUCAUUUUGCAUUGAUAUUUUGGUGAAACAACACACGGUUGGUACAGUCUGUACCAAAACAAGUUUUGAAAACCAACGGACUUCGGCGUGUCACUCCAUCGCACUUUGAUGCAUUCGUCUUGCACCAUCAAACUUUGGCGUGUCACACCAUCGCACUUUGGCGCAUGAGUGUGGAUCCUCGCACUUUGGCGUGUCACACCAUCGCGGUUUGGUGCAGGCCAUCGCAAGUUGGAGCCCCAUUGCACUUUGAUGUCACGGUUGUUAACUAGUAUGCACAAAGGUCUAGAGUGUGAUGGGACAUUAUAUCAUGAUUCAUUUUAAAUCAACUUCUAUCAAUUUUCCAUGAUAUUUUUGAAUUUUUGCGGUAGUUAUAUACCACUGAAAAUUCUAAAAUUUUAGUUUAUAUUCUUACUAAAAAAUGCUGACUACGAAAGAGAAAACAAUAAAUGAAGUAGGAGUUUAUUUCAAAACGGACUUGACAUAUACAUGUAUGUGUUUGGCAGACAUCAUAAUUCUUGGCAAUACAUGUAACACAUGUACCAUAAAAAAGUUACAGUCACCAAGAUAACCCCACUUAGAAUCAGAGCUAAUCCAUUCAUACAUUUUCGAUAAUUUGACCAAAGUUCGAUGACUCGAUGUCAAAGCCAUCAACAGUGGCACCGUGGGUUGGUUAAUUGUAAAUUGUUAAACGUCCCACUCGAGAAUCUUUCACUCCAUAGAAACGUCACCAUUGCCUGUGAAGGGCUACAAAAUUUAGGCCUAUGAUCGGCGCUUACGGCAUAUCCUGCUACACCUGCUGUGACACGGGGCCUCGGGUUUUGCGGUUUCCUCCGAAGAACCGCCCCAUUUAGUCCCCCCUUACGACAAGUAAGUGGUACUGAGGACCUAUUCUAAUCCGGUUCCCCAUGGGAAGGUACCGUUGGAGAGGCCUAAUGUCAAGGUUAUAAUAUCGUCAAAUGUGGCACUGCUGGAGUGAUUUAAUGUUACAAGAAUUACACAAAACAAAUAUCAAGAAGACAGAGACAUCAAUGGUGAUGCUGUUGGGAAUGAUUGUACUUAGAUAGAUAAACAAAAUUUGUUAACAUCAUCCCAUAAACACUGGGACCAUCCAUGUCACGAAAACUGUCAAAUCUGCCCAUUUGACAAGAACAUCCAAUUACUUUCACAAGGAUUGGUCUCGUGAUCCAUUCUCGUGGAUACAACACUAAAACAUCCUGCUUCGCUUGUGGAGCUGAUCAUGAGAACUGGUCAGAGUCGGACGAUCCAGUUCAAGAACAUUUCAAGGAUAACCCUAAUUGUAGCCAUGUUUUAAUGAUGAAACAUAAAUCUGAAUUACGAAACCGAUCUCAGGAACCUAAUUAUACACCUCCAAAAACAGUAUCAACAGCAAGGUACCCGGAGUUUUCAUCUCUUUCAAUACGUACGGCGUCCUUUAACGAAGCGGAUGGUCAUCUCAAGCUAAAUGCGUCACGAAUUGCAUUAUGUGGACUGUACUAUAAAGGGUACGAAGACAGAGUGCAAUGCUAUCACUGUGGAACUGAGAUGUCUAUUACAUCCCACGAUGAUCCGACUGAAAAACACGCUCGCUUGUCGCGAGACUGCGAGCUUCUUCGCCACGAAAUACAAACUCUCAAUGAAGAUGUUGAUAGAAUAAGAAAUCAGUUACAAUGUAAAGUGUGCCUUAACGCUCAGGUGAUGAUGACUUUUCGACCGUGUGGUCACCUGGCAACUUGCCAGGCCUGUGCCGAUCAAUUGUCAGUUUGUCCUAUUUGUAGGAGUGAUAUUUCUGAUAGAGUGAAGACAUAUUUCUAGACACCUCUAUGUGAAAGACGUUUAAAAGAUAAAACAAAAAUAAAUACUUUUAUAUAUAUACUGCUUGUUUGCUUUUAAAUCCCUUCGAGAAUAUUUCACUCAAAUUUAGAAAUCACCAAAUGUAGGUGACAUAUCACAAAUCUAGACCCAUGCCUAGCACCCAGGGCUGUGUUAGUGAUGGGUCUUUAACGUACCAACGCCUGCCGCGACAGGAAACUUUCAUUUGCAAGAUCUCAUCAGAAAGACCAGCAAAUCUACUUCAAGUUAAUGGAGAAGGACAAACUCUAGUCUUGAGUUUGAAGCAACCAAGACGCAAACAGGGCUCUAAUGCCGAUAAUGAAAUGGAAGUUUUAACCGCUAUGUCACUGUGACCGGUGGUUAGGUAUAUACAACUGAGAAACCUUUCGAAAACGGUAGCAAUGUGAUUAAAUCAAUUGGUGUCUAAAAUAGUAAGUGCAUUUCAUCAUUGUAAGCGAUCAGGUGCUGUCAUCUCUUUUACCUAUGCUAUUAUGAUACUGAUGGUCCACACUCUGUUCCAUUUUGUACUUGUAGACAAAAUACUAAAUUACAUGUAUGUAUGAUUUUGAGACUACAUUAGACAAUCAUUUACCUUUCUAUUGGGGUAGACGUCUCCGUAUGAGUGAAAUAUUCUUGAGAGGGACGUUAAACUAUAUACAUUCAAUUAAUCAAUUCUAUCAGAGUCUGUGUUUCUCCCAGCCGUUACAGCACCUCGUAAUGGUAGCUAUGCGAAGUGAGAGCGGCUAGGUUCGUGACAAAAACUACAACACCAACCGUAGUGUCACAGCGGUGAUAAGCAGGCUAGAGUGGGAGGGCUUAAGAGCCUGAACAAUGGCCAUCAUAAUGUACCGGGUCGUCCAUUCCCUUGUUGCCAAGGAACUGUCUCCCCAAUUCAGCCAAACAGGAGCAGCCACAAGGGGACACCAACACCGAUACAGGACCCCAUUCCACCGUACCAUAUAAUCAAGGAAUCAUUCUAUCCUACUACCAUCACGAUAUGGAAGCAGCUGCCACAAGAUACAUGUAUCAUCAUGGUCACGACCCUGGAGUCCUUCAAAACCAGGAUCCAGGGAUUUGAGACACAAUAAAGUAGCAGUGCAUGAUUGUACGAGCUUUUAAACUUGCACAUACUUUUUAACUUAAGUGAGACAAUGCCAUAGCAGCGGUCUAUCAAUUAAUGGAAGAAGACUCGGAAAAAGAUCAUGUGAGAAGAAUUUUGAAUGCCACAAUUUUGGCUAUGCCUUUAGAACUGUGAAGCUUUGAAUAUAUUGUGUUAUAUAAUGUUAAAAAUGUAAAGAUGAAUUUAGAGCUGUGGUGUGUUUCUCUCUCUCUCUCUCUCUCUCUCUCUCUCUCUCUCUCUCUCAGAAACUAGGUAUAUUCUAAAUGGGAUGAGAGUACAGACAUACUAACGUAGAUUAAGUUUGGGACCGAUUGAAUGUCGGGCAGGAUCAGUUGCGACCUGCUGUAAUUUCAAACGUCUCCGUCAUUCAGAACUGACAGUGUGGUUCGAAACUGACCAAUGAUCUCAGUUAUGAAAAACGCAAAGACCGAUGAUAUUUACAACGAUUUUCAGAUAAUUGGAUUACUCUUCGUUAGAGUAACUUAGAACUGAUCUUCUCACAAGAAGAUUGAACUCUAAAUUAUCUUCGUGGAAUAUACCGUCAGUAAUCGUUAAUGAAAAUGUGAUCCGGAACUGGGCCAAAGACUGUAUAUACAUGUGUAUAUAAUAUGUAUAUGUGUUCGUCCUUGUAGUGUCUGUAUGUCUUUAACUCACUAUUAUAACGCUAUAAACGUAUUGAAAAUAUUUAUAAAUGGAUGAAUGUAUACACAAGGCUCAUUGUAAAACACUUUUGUUCACAAGUAUUUAGAAUUAGAUUUUUUAAAUUACUUUAAACUCCACUAAUUCUAUAAUUACAUUAGUUUUUUUUUCUCUCAAACAAGCCAAUUUUUAACUUCCAGUAAAUCCCGACAUUUACGUAACAAAACGAUUAAAUUGACAAACACAGAUUUGGCAACAGUUUUAAGUGCUUUACCUCGUGACCAGCUGCAGUAACCUAUGGUGCUUUCACCGACGUCCGUAACUUGGGUAAAAAAUGUCGUUUACAGAUUUUCUCGUCGUAUUGCCGCAAUGCAGCUAGUCGGAUUACGUCUCUUCGAAUUAUUUCUUGGAUUUAAUUUUUUAGUCUCUUAAAAUGUUUAAACAUAUUGAAAAAGUUCAAGGUUAAUAACCUUUUUUCUUAGAAACAAUGCGAUUUUUUUUUUUAAUACAUAUUCAUCAUCUACUUGCCAACUCCCUAAGCUUUCUUAAAAUGCUAACUUGUCAUUCAUUUAUGUCUGUGGUUAUGACAGAAAUCUUUGAAUGCGGCCUCACAAAAUAUCAGCGACCCGCUUUCCAACGUUGCAUAAAACACAGGCAAAUGUAUCUCGCGUGAAAUUCACAUGAGAAAAAAAAACCACCUCAUUAAAUUUACAUGCUACCGUAUCUUCAAUGUGAAAUACAAGUAAUCCAAUUAUUAGGCAAUUUAUAUAUAAUGUUUUGAAUUUAGCUGUAGAGAAAUUGAUAUGAUAUAGGGCUCACGGCGGGUGUGACCGGUCGACAGGGGAUGCUUACUCCUCCUAGACACCUGGUCAUACCUCUGUUGUUUCCAGUGAUCCAUGUUUUCCCAACUCCCUCUUUUGUAUCCCUUAUGUUAGUUAUGAGAUUGGUCACUAUUCUUCACCUUUCAUGAAUGUCAGCCAAUUUAUGAAUUUACCCAAUAUAUAGUUCUCGGUACUCACUUGUGUCUGUAUUUUUAUUUAAUUUUCAUUUUAUUCAGGUAUAAAGUAUCACAGGAUGUCAUGAUUAUAAAUCUAAAAUAACAAAUUGAAACCUGGCAUAAUCUAUAUCACUAUGCAGUUAUAACAGUUAAAAAAUGAGUAACUGCAUGUAUAACAUGACAAAUGAUUAUAUCUUAACCUAAGGAUAACCCAUAAAAGCUUAAAUUAACUUAUUUCCAAUGGGGUCCUUACAUUUAUAUAAUAGAUAUGAUCAACAGAGAUUUUUUUUUUUUAAAAUUACAUGAUUAAUAUUUGGAAUUUGGCAGGUUUUAAUCAAUAAUUGUAUAAUGCGUUGACAAAUGACAAGCUCCAGACAUAUUUUAUAAUAGAAUACUAAAGUGUUAAAAAAUACUAGUAAGUAUUAAACAAAAUUUGACAUGUUAUCUGGUUAUGCCCCUUGCCUUGCUGGCUAAUAAGGACUUCACAGUUUUUUAAAAACUAGGCUUAGUUGCCAACUCUUUUGUAUCUAAACGUAAAUUAUUUCAAUCCUUGACAGCAUUGUAAAAACAAAAAACCAAAUUAAAAAAAAAACCAAAAAAAAAAAAACCAAAAAAAAAAAAAAAAACCCAAGAAGGUUCUUUGCCUUUUAUCUUGCGUAUACCGUAUGAUAAAAUUGUUGUUGGUAGCACUUCUAGUAUUAUUAUUGUUUAGAACAAACUGAUCACAGAGAUAAUGUGGGACUUUACCAUGAAAAAUAUUAAAUACAUGGUUCAAUCUUAGUUGAGUAGCACUGUCAUCCACUCUUAACAUGCCCAAAGAAUCUAGAAAGUCACAAAAAUGCUGGCUCUAGGACCUAGAUUUAAAAUAAAUCUGACAACUUUGUUUUGGGUAACUUGCAAUUUUUUAAAAGUUGUUUGCCAAUACCGCAAUACCAAGAAGAACAUGCAUAAUCAAAAUAGCUUAAAGCAGAACAUAAGGUCUUUCUUGAUUGUAAAAUAGGCAAGAUGCAUUUCUGUGCAAACAAAUGAAGUCUAGCUAUUACCUUUUAUAUGAUGCUUGUAACAAUAUUUUCAUAUGAGGAAAACUUAUCUAUUAAUACAUUUACCUAGAUAUUUAACACUAUCAGAUCCUUUGAUUUGAUGACCAUUACAUAGAAUUUUAAAACUUGUAACAUUUUUAAAAGUUUUUGUGGAAUUGUUUUGUUUUGUUUACCCUCAUGGAAUAAAGACCCAGUCCCCCCACCUCUUCAACGUCGCAGAUCCUGUGCACUCUUUUCCAGCUUCCUGCAGGUGUUGCCGAUCUACUGUCAGCCUUCAGGUUCCUUCCCCGGGAGUACUUUGAUCUUCUGGCUUUUCUUUUCCCCAUGGGAUUUCAGGGCAGGGCCUGGCCAGUGACAUUGUUGGGUGAUUUUCGCAGCGUGUGCCUGAUUCACCUCCAUCAUCUUCAGAUCUCCACUAUUGCGAUGGGAGUUGGUUGUCUGUCACAGAUCUGUGUUGCUGAUGACAUCUGGUCAGUGAAUCUGGAGGCCUUUCUUGAAACUGAAUGUCUGGAUUUAUAUUUUUCUUCCCGUCACAGGCACGUAGCAUAGUUUUUCUAAGUUGGGGUUGGAGGGCGGCCAGAUCAAACAAACAAAAAUCCCCUCGUAUUCUUGUCAGCGUGCCACAACCCUGGUUUUGUGAUCUCUCGCCCAUUGUAUUAUUUUACAAGGAAGUACACAUAUCAUAGGGAAAGAUAGGUUAACACCCUCUAGUUUUACAUGACUCUUUUAUGAACUAGCUACCACUAUCUUUCAUUUUUAGAUCAACACUGCUUACAAUUCUAUUCUUCCUUGUUUGUGUGAAUUAUUAGUAACAGGAAUUUGCAAUAAAAACCCAGCCUUGGAAAAUAUAUUACCUGGUUGUCAAUUCGUAGUGCUUAAAUAUUCGUUGAGCUAAUGAGUAUAUUUGAGUUACUAAGCAUUUAAACUUACACCUCAAAGUCGAUAAAACAGCAGAGGGAUCUCCCAUGUGUGCACUGGUAAGACUUGAAUAUUUGUUAUAUCGUAUGUAAACUUUCACGAAAUGCACUAAUGCCUCAGAUGAUCUUUCCGUUUAUCAUAGCUGCAAGUAAAUAAAUAUGUAGUCUUUGAUGUAAGUUUCGUUUUCAGUGGCGUAGCUUCCAUUGAGGCAACCGAGGCAGCUGCCUCGGUAAAAAAAAACAACAAAAAAACAACAACCAAAAACACCUUUUACGUUGUUAAAAUGUCGAUAGCCCCCUGCCUUGAUAAUAUUCGAACCCAAGCUACGCCUAUGGUUUUGUUUAUAUUUCUACUUCCUUAGUUUAUCGGGCUAUGUUAUCUCUUCUACAUGUAACAGUAGAUAUUUGUUGAUACAUGCUUUAAACCCAGUAGAAGGACUUAAUUUUAUACAUAUUACAUGUACAACUACAUUCUAAUUUAAUGAUUACUUACAUGCGCUAUGCGCAUUCUGCAUUAUGGAUUUGGUAUAGUAAGAUAAAAUGGUUAGAAAUUACAAAUGUAGACGUGUAUCGGAUGUGUAUGAUUGUGAUUUAUAUAUAGCUGAAAAUUUCCAGUUCCACUUUACUCGAUGGUGAAGUAGGCGCUUUAAAUGAAAUAUAAAUAUACAGUACAAACCUGAUAUAGCGAAUUUCUGCGGACAUUCUAUAAAAAUUCGCUAUAAACGUAAAUUGCGAUACGUUUAUAGCGAAUUCGUGAUUCAAUUAUAACGGAUUCGUUAAAAAACGUGAUUUGUUCUACAUGAGAAUUCGAUAUGCAUGCGUUGGUAUUAUCUCUAAGAGAAAUUAAAGCCUCUAGUUUUGAGAAAAAAAAAUUUCAUACAAGAAAUAUACACACUAAUUUAUUUUGAUGGAUUAUGAACCCCUGGACAUACCAGCGGUGAGAUCAGGCGCCUAGGAUGUGUACGCAUCCCCUGUCGAUCGGUCACAUCCACCAUGAGCCUUAUAUCUUGAUCAAGUAAACUGAGUUAUCCGUAUGACCAUUGUUGAGAAUAAAGAUAGGUACAAUCCAUUUACACUUUGAUUAUUUGUUUUUAUCGUAAUAAGUAAAGAUGUCAAUUGUACUCGGAUAGCCUAGUCGAAUACUCGGAGGCUUUAGUGGAGCGAUAGUUGAGUAUUCGGUAAAAAAGAACCGCAAAAAACAAACAAACAAAAAACAAAAAAAACAAAAGAAAAAAAUACCCCCCCCCCCCCAAAUGUUUGCUUGUUUCUUAUCACGCCUAAAUUGCAUGUAGGCGUGAUAAGAAACAAGUAAACAUUUCUUAAAGGUCUGUACAAUGUAUGUACACAAUAUACGAUGUACAACAUUGUCGUCCUUCUACAGAAUGUAAGUUCAGUUUCACGUGAGGUACAUUUCACGUAAUAUACUGUGAUAUCAUUGCACGUAAACGAGUUAAAGCCAGCCUUUGACUUUACCCUUACAUAAUUUUUACAAACAAAAAUACUGAAGCGUUUAGAAUUUAUGCACAUUACUAAAACAGCUAUUUUUAACGAGUAAUCUACUAUGAAAUAUUUAGUCGAUGAUCGGUAUGACCGAGCGAUAGUCGAGUACUUGACUGCUCGUUCAGAUCCCUAGUACAUGUAAUAAGGUCGGCAUGCACGCUGAGGCGUUGGAAACACUACUACCUGUACCGGUGCCAUGUUGUUUUACCGAGGUAUGUUUUUCACACCUUGUAGUAGAAGUAUAGAACUUUUUCAUCCCAGCUAGAUCUUUUCCCCUAUAUUUUGAUUGAAAUACAAAAUUUAUAUAUGCCUCAAAAUCCUUGGUCCAUAGGUGGGUUUUUAUUGGUUUACCGAAUGAAAAUAUGAUGAACAGAUUACGAAAUAUCGGCGUCUAUUCAAUUCGGACUCCUUAUAUCUUAAGGAGGUACUCUACAUCGUCACAAUGGCCGACUUCGUUUUAAAAGAUGGAUGAAAAUAUAAAUGUCAGCAAUAUUUGUCUAUUCGUUUCCAAAAAGAACUGCGUAGCCGAGUAGCUCAGUAGGUUAGCACGUCGACAGCUGAACUGUAGAUCGCGGGUUCAAGACCAGCAGGGGGUUUUAAAAUUGUUUUCCCCCAGAUUGUUUUCUACUAAAAGUGCAUUUUUUGACUAAAUAAAGUUUUGAAAGGUUUCAAUUUCAAGAUAUUAAAUUUUAUAACUUUGUUCAUAUUUCAUCAAUUUUUUUUUCAUUUUUAACAUUGGCUUAUAAAAAAGAAUUUAAAGAAAAUGUUUGUCACCCGAAAUUUGAUCCGGGAUCGCUCGGGCGAAAAUCAGACGAACAUACCACACAACUAUCCCAGACGAUUUUAACCGAGCGUUUUAAAUAAGUACCAAUAAAGAGCGUACGAUAAGAUAAAUACAAUCAACAUUCAAAUUUAAUCAUCAAGAAUAGUAAACAAUACAAUAUAUUUCCUAAACAGAAUAUAAUUAUAAGCAUAAGGAAUUUGGAGGGGAAAUCGGUUUCACUUCGCUAUAAUCGUAAAUUUGCUGUUUCUGUAUUCGUUAUAUUCGAGUUUUACUGUGCAUGUACUCGUUCCAUAGGAUAUAUUUUAUUUUAGUUUCACGAAACAAAACUACUUUUGUUUUAGAUAUCUAUGGUGAGAUUGGAUUAUUUUUAGUAACCAAUUAUUGAACAAUUCUAGGAAACUGAAAAGAUUGGAUCUGUAAUGUAUCAUUCAGAAAAUUCGUCGAGGAAAAAAAUACCAACAGCAUAGUUUAUGUCGUUUUACAAAUUCUCAUGAAUCAAGAUGUUGGAUACUUAUAGAAUCAAGAUAACAUAGAAGAGGAAUGGCAAUUCUCAAAGUAUAUGGAAAAUGGAUGGAAUUUACUUCGCUCACGCGUGAAUUCUGUGAAGAUGGGUCAAGCGGAAAAUUAGUAGCGAAAUUCCUGUUACCGAGCUAUUGUGAAAUGUUUUAUUAUGUGUGGAUCAUUGUCCGUACACAUCAUUCAUCCACAGGAGGAAAAGGAAACUAUAUCAAUAAAGCUAGAUUUCAGAAUGACGUUGAUAGGAAUCUUACUUGUGGUUCAAAAUCAGUGAUCCAUAGUAUUAAUAGAAACAAAGACCAAACACGAAAAACAAAAUCCAACGAAUAUAGAACUAUGGAAGAAGUGAAAAUCUAUAUACGUCGGAAAAUCUGUGUGAAAAUAGGUGUUCUCGAUUCAUCAUUUACUUCAUCAAGUUUCCCUAAUCCGUGUUCAUUAUUUCUUCCAUCAAAUUUCCCUAAUCUAUCAUUUCUUCUAUCAAGUUUCCAUACAACACUUUCAUGUAAUCCAGUUCAUGGAGAAGUGCAUAUUGAAUGUAUGUGUGAAUUCUCAUCACUGAAUGCGAUAUUAAUCUGCAGGACAAUGUGGAGUAGUAAACCCUCAAAACUGUCACUACAACACAGGACGCUAAGACAACUAUCAGUAAUCUUGUUACCUUUAGCCAGUUGGACGCUAUUUCUAGAGUUUAUUUUGAAAUUCCACCCGUCACGAGAAGAUCACAGAACACAACUGAGGAGACAAAUCAUGAAACUUACAUAUCAUGAAAUCAUAAUCAAAAACACUUGUAGACCUCAAGUUUCAGAAAAUAGCCUGGAAUCUAAUAUGAAAACACGUAAAGAUGAAAAUGGAAAGCUUUACCUACCAAUAGGUGCGACAUUGAAAGCUUCAAUUAUGACGAAAACUACAGAGUUCUUUCGUGAUGAAUAUAGGAGUGUUUACGAUAUGAAAACAGCGCAUGACGGGAAGAACAAAGAAUGGCAUUUUCCCUGCAAUUUUUAUAAGUUUUCAGAAAUGUUCGUAUUCCCCGUGUUUCGGAGAAACGAUCUCGAAUAUUCAUUUAUGCAAAUGUUAGAAGGAGUUCCACAAUUUUCCAGUGAUAUAAUGAGGUUUGAACACCAUCGCUUGAGUUCUUUUGCUAAUUAUAGCAAUGACAAUGCACCCAGUUCACUGUUGAUGGCAAAGUCAGGGUGGUAUGCAACCGGAAAUGGAAACGAAACCAAAACGUUUUGUUGCUUGAUUGUAUAUUCCGUUUGGAAUGGUCGAGAUAAUCCUUAUAAUGUUCACAGAGAUCUGAACCCUGACUGUGCGUUUUUCAUUGGAUCAAGGGAUUUAGGUCAAGUGACCAUUCAGGAAAACAUGGAGGGUCGCAGCUAUUCUCCUGAUGGUACCUAUGCGUCUAAUGUGUCUGAAAUAUCAACAAACUUACGGAACACGCAUACUACAACAUCAAAUUUAGAAAAUACUUCUACACAACCGAGAAUGAGUGUCUUUGAUUCUAUGGUAAUUCAAUCUAAAGUCGACGAACUCGCACAGUUGUCGUCAAAAGCUGAUCGGAAUGCAUGCUCUUCGUGGAGCAUCGAUUGUCCUUCUCGUUCACUAAUAGAAACGAGCCGACCGCAGACUGUUCCGAUACACACACAUAGUUCAAAUAUCAAUAACAUGUCUCCCGAAACGAAUACAAAUCAAACGAAACCAAAUCUGGAGAAAGAAAGUUCUACCAAGAAUGAGUGUGACAACACUGCGCAGGCGUCUGAGCAGAACUUCCGGGAAUUCUUUCUACCGCCCUUGAUGUCAGUGGAACCAAAACAUAGAGAAUAUUCCACUGUGAGUGUAAGAACUUCUUCGUUCAGUGGGUUUCCCACUGCUAGUAGAAAAACACCGAAAGAAUUUGCUAUCGGGGGAUUCUACUACAGAGGUUUUGGGGAUCGAACUACUUGCUUCCACUGUGGAAUCAGCCUCCAGGGAUGGAGUACUGAAGAUGAUGUGUUCGUGGAACAUGUCCGUAACAACCCCUUGUGUCAAUACAUGCGCGGAUUGAAGGGGGAUGACUUUGUGAAACUGGUCAUGUCCGUUACCCCAAAUCAGCAGAUGACACCCCUCCGUUCCGAAGAUCAAACAGGUGGGAAUCUGGGUAUUUAUGUAUCAAAGAAAUCUUCUAAAGAUGUAGCUAACAAACUUGAAGAAAUGGGCUUUGGUGAAAAUGCGAUAUCUGCAGCAAUAGGAAGACUUACAAGAAAUAACGGGCCAUUAACUGUCCAGAGUGUGCUGGAUGAAAUAUUUGAAGAUGCAUCAAAUGAACCAAUCAAUUCCGGUGUAAUGAACGCGACAUGGAAUAGUACAUGUACGUCAGAAGGAAGUGCACAAAACAUAGACUCCGUGACACGCCUGCAGACCGCGAAUCAGCGUGGCGGUGUUGCGCGUGGUAUUGAUCAUGGGCCGUCAAAUUAUCCUUCCACGAAUACGUUGGAAUCGAAAGAUCAAUUCAUUUGUAAAAUUUGUAUGGAAGAGAAGGUUGCAAUAGUGUUUACACCUUGUGGACAUAUCGUCACGUGUUCAGAAUGUUGCAGGUCUUUACGGAAAUGCCCCAUAUGUCGAGAAUUCAUCAGAGAUAAGAUACCUACAGUUAUAACAGACUGAAUAUUCUACUUCCGGUUCCCUUGUACUAAGAAACACAAGUCAUUAACAAACUUCGCAAAUCUGUAAUAUGAACUGGUAAGCCAUCGUGUUGGUACAGUAUAACAUGGUCAUAGCGAACCUUCAGGACCAGCGAAAACAGUUCGUUAUAACCUAACUUCAUUAUACAGUAAAAUAUGGUUAUAGCGAACCUCCAGAACCAGCAAAAACAGUUCGUUAUUUCCAAAAUUCGUUAAGUCCAAUAAAAUUUUCCGUUAUCUCCCUCUCACAAGGGAAUGAAUAUCACGUGUUUGCUGUAAGUGUGAUUUACUGUAGUCUGUGUGUAAAAAGAUUGAAAUGUAUGAGUAAUUUAAUCAACGCUACUAACGUUACGUUCAUGAUGAAUUUUGAAAGGUUUUCUCAGUCUUUUGUAUAUGAUCAUCAAAUAAUCUAUCGAAUGAAGUCCGAGAAAACGUACCUUCAGAUAUCCAUAACAUUGAUUUCAAUUUGCAUUUGUAUUUGUAUAAUGUAGGUCACACGGAAGUCUUAAGUCAGGUUGUACAUGUACGUUUCAUUUCGAAUUCAUAUGAUACAUUGUUCAAAUUAGAAAAACGUAAUGAUGUAUUUCCACGGCGUUUAUACACUUGCACAGUAACAUUCAACAGCGAUUCCUCUGAGGAGUAAAUUCAGACUAAAUGCUAUAGACAAGACAUUCUGGAUUUUUGUAUUUUCUUAAAUAAAAUUCUCUUAAGCAUU